AGACCCGAAGAUUAUUCUGAGGAUAGGCGAAGAGAUGAUCGCUACGCGGGUAGCAGGCACAGUCGUCGUGAGGAGUAUCCAAGGCAACAUGAGGACAGGAGGUAUGAGGGACGGAGAGGGUAUGGCGAGGACGACUAUGGAUCAAGACACGCAGAGGACGGUCAAGGCAACGAGCGUCCUUCCGGUGUUUCUCCUUUUGCGUCUGCUGCCAGUUCUGACGGCAAGGACGAGGCACCAGAGCGCGAAGUUCACAUUGACAUUGGGUUUGGUACGAAGGCACGUCUUCGCAGGACCAAAGAAACCAUGGAUGCAAUCGCUCGAGAUUUCUAUGCGCCUUGUGUAUGCGUCGCGUGUAGUACUGAUCUUUUCUGCAUAGCGGAUGUCAAAUUCAUUGUGUGCCCCAAGUGCAAGACCAUCAGUCCUGCGGAUGCUGCGGCCACAGGCGAAGGAGGAACAGCAACGUCUUUCAACGGAAGCCCGAUCGAAAGGCGUGAUGUUGGUUUGGGAUUCACUUAUGACACAUUGUACAAGAUGCAGUCUGAUGUGGCACGGGAAAGAGAUGGACGUCGCAAGGUAGCAUUUUGA